UAGCGUUUAAGUGUCUUUUAAAAUGCCUGAAUCACGUAUCCUUGCUUUCCGGAAACCCCAACAAUAACCUAUCCUGUAGUUAUUUUCUUAGUUUUCACGGAUACUCAGUUGUUUCAGUGUUUUAUUUUCAUGAAAAAUGAGCCAGGACCAUUUAUCAGCAUUAAUCGAGAUUUCCAAAAAAUUGAAACUAAAACCAAGACAUGAUAUCGAAUCCAUAAAGAAUUCCUGGUUAAUGAAACCUCUUCGAAGAGCAUCUAACAGCAAUUUAUUGGAAGAAAUAACCGAAUAUGCUAUGCGCAGAAGAGGAUCGCGCGAUAAUGUUUUGGAUGGAGCAGACGUUUCGGCAGUUGCGAUGAGGAAGAAAUUCUCGUGCAGUCGAGGAUCUCUUGCUGACGUCACGGAGUGUGUAGAAAGUGAGAAAAACACAACUAAUGACCCUACCUUUGGAAUGUCAUUAGGGGAAAAACUGCAGUACGUUUUACGAACAUUAAAUGAAAUACGACAAGAAGAUCAAAUAAUUGCCAGAAAAUUUCUUCACAUUUAUGCGGAAAUUAAGAAAUCCAAAGUUAGACAAUCUUGUAUGAUACAUCAAGAAAUGUUGGAUGAAGUAUUUAGUCUUGAACACGAUCAUGUGAAAUUACCACACGUGUGUGAUGCACCUGUCAACAAAAGGAGUAGUCACGCCCUGCAACAGUGUGGAGUCACGCGGAUGAAUAUCAAAUCUAAAAGGUUUUCGUGUUCCUGACACAUUUAAACUGUAAUUGCAACAUUUACAAAAAACAACAAUAAAUGGUCCGCGAAGA